AUGUCCUCGCUGGUAGUCAUUCCUUGGUCUUGUCUUGACCCCAAAAACAACAUCGUCUCUAACCCACCGGAGUCCUCUUCGAAACAGCCUGUUCCUUUGAAAAAAUCCUUUACCCAAGCUGUGAAUAAUAUAUGCAAUAUCCCAGUCAGUCAGCUUCCCCAAUCAAUAGUUAAAGGAGAUAGAAUCUCAAUCACAAUCCUUGAAGAAGAAUACCUUGCAGGAUUAGCCUCCUGUAAGUUCAACCUGCAUGGUAGAAUCAUUUGGCCAAAGGGGUCAACUCCUCUCAAGGUAGAUGCUUUACGCCUAAAGCUCACCUCUAUCUGGACUUCUCUUGCAAAAUGGGGACUCACCUCACUAGGUAAAGGUUUCUAUGAAUUCUCCUUUUCCAAUAUAGAAGACUUGCAAAGAGUUAGGUCGACUAGUUCGUGGAACUUAAACCCUGGUCUGUUAAAACUAUUCGCCUGGACUAAAGACUUUAAUCCCAAUGAACAACAACAAUCCUCUGCACAAGUCCGGAUUAGAAUUGCUGGUCUUUCGCAGGAAUACUGGAGGCCCAAAAUCCUCUAUGCAAUAGCAAGUGUGAUUGGUAACCCAAUUUGUAUGGAUGAGACUACAACCAAAUCAAUGUUUAAUAGGUCUUUUGGGCACUUCGUUCGUAUUUUGGUAGAUUUAGAUUUGACUGGAAACCUAAUGGAUAAAAUUCUUGUCGAGAGAAAGAACUUCGCAUUCUUUGUCGAUGUGACCUAUGAAAACAUUCCUGAUUUCUGCGACCAUUGCAAAUUUAUUGGACACAACGUCGCUAACUGCAUAAAACUACACAAGAAGGUUGUCACAGAGAAAGAGAGCACUAUGCCUCAAAAAAAAAAGGUGUAUGUCGAGAAACAAACAAGAGAAAAAGAUCAAGGCCCAAGUCAUGAAAUUCCUAAUCCUCAAAGCCAAGGCGGUUCCCCAAUUCCCUUUCACGCUUCUGAGGAUCCUGCUCACUCAAAUGUGCCAUUCUUAAACCAUCAUCAUGAGGGUCUCGCUCAACCUACGGAAAGAGUCUUGGCAGUGACUUCUUUCAACAAUGCAGAUAGUCUAGUUGGCACUCUGGAAGCGGAUGCAAGUCACACACUUAGGCAGAUUGUGAACGAUUUGGAUGAGAAUUCUUCUAGCUCCAGCGGAUCUGAAUUUGUGGAUGCCACCCAAGAAAACUCUCAUAUUGAUGUUGAAGCUGUUGAUUCCUCCCCCAACAGAAUGGUGCAGCAAGACAUGAAUUUUCUACAAGAAUCCUGGGCUAAUCUAGCAGAAGAAACAAAUAAUGCAGACGGAUCAAAAAAGGAUUUCCAAUUGGUUACCUCAAAGAAAACUAAGAAAAAAACCAAAUCAGUUUCUAAACCUCCUGUCUCUGGCCCCAACACUAGAACUAGGGCAGUCUCUUUUAGAAUUACUCAAUGA